UUUCUACUGUCGACGUGGAUGCGGUACUGGGGCGGACUGCGUCCCUGCCCUGUGACGUCACUCCAGACGCGAACGAGGACAGAGUCUACAUGGUGUUGUGGUUCAGGAAGAGUGGAGGGAAACCUAUUUAUAGUUUCGACGUCCGCGGGCGCUCCUUCAAUAAAGCACUACAGUGGUCGGACCCCGUGGCGUUUGGGCCCAGAGCAUAUUUCGCUACAGUUGCCAGACCUGCGGCGUUAACUCUUAACUCGGUGCAGCUCGACGACGAAGGGGUCUACCGAUGCAGAGUGGACUUCAAGAAUUCGCCCACAAGGAACUUUCAGAUACGACUCACUGUCAUCGUGCCACCACAUCAAAUGCUGCUUUAUGACAAGUCAGGAGCAGACGUGUCGGGUGUGGUGGGGCCUUUAGAAGAAGGAGCAGCUCUUGUACUGGUCUGUGAAGUGCGUGGUGGUCGACCAGAGCCAGUAGUGACGUGGCUCAUAGAUGGCUCUUCCGCUCCACAAUACAUAGGGGUGAAAACGGACACACAUGUGGUUGUGAAUCGCUUGGAGUUGCAGCACUUGAAGAGAGAGGACCUGAAUACCACUUUCAAGUGCAGAGCGGCGAAUACCAUACUGGUUCCACCACAAGAGAAGACUGUUAGGCUCGAGAUGAACUUGGCACCUCUCUCCGUAUCUUUACUGAGUCGGCCGCAGCAGUUUGUCGCUGGAGCAGUCACCACGUUGCGUUGCGUCGCUGAAGGUAGCAGACCAUCUGCACAAAUCAUUUGGUACAAGGACAACAAAAGUUUCGAGAGAGAAAAGGUGACGGAUUAUUCGAACGAUACGUGGUCAGUAAGCAGCCUGACUCUUACUCCAAUGCCUUCUGACAACGGGGCGGUGAUCAAGUGCGUUGCUUCAAAUCCAAGUUUACCCACAAAGGCCAUCGAUGACCAUAUUCAGCUCAACGUAGUAUAUAGCCCAGUGGUCACUCUCAGCCUGGGCAGCACUCUCAAUCCGCAAGAUAUAAAGGAAGGCGAUGAUGUGUACUUUGAGUGCAACGUCAAGGCCAACCCGAGGGAACAUCGGAUAUCGUGGUACCACAAUGACAGGCCGGUGACUCAGAACAUGACAUCGGGGAUCAUUUUGAGCACCCGUUCGCUGGUGCUGCAGAAGGUGACGCGCGAGGAGGCCGGUGGCUACUCGUGCAAAGCUACUAACGUCAGAGGGGAGACGUCCAGCGCGAUAGUCAAGCUGAGAGUGCAAUAUGCCCCGGUCUGUGGAGAAUUGUCACCCCAGGUGGUUGGAGCUGCAUUGGAUGAGGCGUUGCACGUUCGGUGCUCGGUCCAUGCUGACCCUUCUGAUGUCACUUUUCUCUGGCAGUUCAAUAAUAGCGGCGAAAGUUUUAACGUUUCUCCAGCAAGAUAUGGUGCCGUAAAUGGCAGUAUAAGCGAGCUUCGAUACACCCCAGCAAGUGAGAGAGACUACGGAGCCUUGACGUGCAGAGGAACAAACUCGGUAGGCCGGCAGGAGCAGCCUUGUGUCUUCCAAAUAGUUCCGGCUGCUCGCCCGUCGCCACCUAGAAACUGUACGGUGUCAGCAGGCAAUCUUUCCAACUGGAUUGAAGAGAAUCACGAGGAUGUUGGUGACUCAUUGGUGGUGCGAUGCGUUGCUGGCUACGACGGUGGCCUUCCGCAACUGGUUGUACUAGAGGCUUUAGACUCCGAUAGUGGUACUGUCAGAUUCAACGUUACUGCAAAUGAGACUGAUGGCGUAGCUGUUUUUUUGGUGCCAACAGGAGUGUUGUGGUCUACCGGGAACUCUUUACGACUCACAGUUCACUCAAGAAACGAUAAAGGUGUAUCCGAACGGAUCAUGGUCCAUGCAUUGGCUUACCAAGACCCUGAAAGGAGGACAGACGGAAGUGUUCAUCUUAUGGCAGGCGUCACUAAAACUGCAUUUUGGGCAAUCAUUUUGACAAUCGUCGUGUGCUCAUGCGCAGCUACUUUCACUGCGUAUUUUCUUCGAAGGAAAAGAAGUAAACCGCCAGUUAAGCAACAAACUUCAGAGCUGCAACUCAAUGCUGGUGAUGGACAGUACGUCGUGGCAUACACGCUAAAGCCAUCUAAGCAAGCACAGCCGGAUAUUUUAAACCCACAACCAGACAGCGCACUUCCCGUAAAAAGCGCUGAAGUUGUCAAAAAUGGGGCACUUCAGGAAGCCGAGUGGUGCGAGAGUGACAAUUCGGUGCACUCGCGCUCAUAUGACCAGCGAACCUUAUUGUCACCGAGAUCGGCAACAGCAGCGAAGCCUUUAACUUCCGGAAAUAUGACGUUAAGUAGGAGAGAACAUCUCAUAGCUGAAGAAAUACCAGGACCAGAAAGCUGUGUAUAG